AUGCUACUCAAGGUAGCACUUAUUGGGAGGUCGAGCCACUGGCGGAUGUAUUUGGCGGAAAAUAAUAAUAAUAAUAAUAAUAAUAAUAAUACUAAUAAUAAUAAUAAUAAUAAUAAUAAUAAUAAUAAUAAUAUACAAACAAACAAACUGAUCAGUGCUGUUGCAUUGUAUGUUGCGAGGAAACUAGGCAUAGGGAAACCAAAGAUAGAAAAUAAGACAAGAGAACCAUGGUGGAAAAGAAGAAUAAGCGAAUCUAUUAAUGAACUUAGAAAGCACAUUAACAUACUUGAGCGCGAAAAGAGAGGUGAAGUAUCGAAGAAAGGGAAAUACCAUGAACUGUCAAAAAAGUAUAACAUCACGAGAAAAGGAAUCUCUACUGUAAUUGAAGAGUUGAAACAGAGAAUGCAAGCCAAGGCUUUCAAACUAAGAAGGUACGAGCAAAGGACGCGACAAUACCAAAUUAAUCGAAUGUUUCAAUAUGACCAAAAGAAGGUAUAUCAACAACUACAGGGUAAAGACAAAAGAGAGAAUACAACACCAGAUGCAGAUGAAAGUACAAAAUUUUGGUCGAACAUAUGGGACAACGAAACACAGCACAAUAAAAAGGCUAAGUGGUUAGAGGAGUUAAAAAACAACAAACCUAAUCUAUCACAAAAUGACAUUGAAAUAACAACUAGAAUGGUAAAUCAGCAAGCCAAGAAGAUACCUAACUGGAAAGCUCCUGGCCCUGAUGGAGUCCAGGGGUUUUGGAUAAAGAAACUUACAUCUCUACACGAAAGAAUUGCUGCCCAACUCAAUGAUUUGAUAAAUGAUGAAAUAGAAAUACCCUCGUGGAUGACCACCGGCAGAACUGUGCUAUGUCAAAAGGAUCCAAAAAAUGGCAAUGCAGUGGAUAACUAUAGACCCAUAUCCUGCUUGCCAUUAAUGUAG